AUGACCGAACAAAAGACCAUCGCCCUCAUCGGCUCCACAGGCUUCCUAGGUCCCUACAUCACCGCGUCUCUCCUCCAAAAACAUCCCCACACCACCAUCCUCUGCCUAAACCGCAGUAAAGACGCAGAACAACGCACCACCUCGUCUCUCACCCACACCAGCAACGAAGACCUCACCCGCCUCACCUUCAUAACAACCGACAUCACACGCCCCAACCUCGGCCUAUCCCCCACCCAAUACCCCCACUUCACAACCAGCGUCUCAGAAGUCAUCUUCAAUGCGUGGAACGCAAAUUGGGCAACGCCACUCAUCGGUUACUUACCCCUUCUGAACGCUGUUCAGCAUGUUAUCACCACAUGUAUCGCCAGCCCCCUAAACCCGCGAGUCGUCUUCAUGUCGUCGAAUACCUCGAUAAUGAACCACCCAACCCAACACCCUUCCACGCCGCUCAUCCCUGAGCAACCCGCCUGGGACUUUGCCAGUGCAGCGAACACGGGUUAUGGCCAGAGUAAAUGUCUCGCGGAGCAGCUUCUCGCGCGUGCAGGUCAACAGCACGGGUUACGCGUGGCCAUCGUACGCGCGGGCCAGAUCGGAGGCGCAUCGUCCGCCAUACUCAAUGCGCCGCAGUGGCCGAUCCAGGGCUGGUUGUACGUCAUAUUCAAGACAAGUCAGAAACUGGGGUAUUGGCCCGUGAGGAUGAAUGCUGUGGAUUGGAUUCCUGUUGACACCCUUGCGGAAGGCAUCGCCAAUAUCACGUUAUCCCAACAAAGCACAUCUGCAGACAAUGUUAAAGUAUACAACAUGAUGCACCCCCGCCCUGCGCCUUGGGCGCUGCUGCAGAAGGUGUUGGUUGGGCGGUUUGGACUCGAGGUAAGGGAGUGUAGCUUGCCGCAGUGGUUGGGUAUGCUGGACCCGCAGAAGUUCAAGAUGCAUGCGUUUUUGAUGGAGGCGGGGGAGGGGAGGGAGGGCGAGGCCAUGGUUUUUAGGAAUGAGAAUGCGAGGGAGAUGUUGCCGGAGGUUGAAGAUGUUACGGAGGAGUUGGUGGAGAGGUGGUUGAGGGGGUGGGGUUUGAAGCUGGGGGAGGUGAGGGCGAGGCUGUGA